AUGAGGGUGGCCCAGUACAAGCUGGCCAUGUCCGUCUUUGUUGUUCCCACUGUAGUCUUGCUCGGGGCCAUGGUUCUCACCAAGGACCCGCUAGGGCUUAGGGUCGGGGCUAGCCUCCUCGUGUCCCCGGCCUGGCUCUGGAUGACGGUCCGCGGGCUGGAGGACGGCGUGGCCUGCCUCAACGCCUGGGUGGAGCUGUCGACGCUCCUGUUCCGCCAGGGGCAGGGGCUGGAAGCGAGGGUCAAGGCAACCGCGCAAGAGCACAGCCUCCCAUCCCCGGGGACCCUCAAGGCCGAAGCCCCCGCCCGCUACAAAACCCGCCGCUUCUGGAGGUACUUCAGCCCCAGGCUGAGGAGGAAGAUGGAGUGGGGAGAGGUCGUGCACAUGGGGCACGUGGGUUACGACUACCCCACAGCCGUGCAGGAGCAGCAGAACUUGGCCUACGGCAAGGGAGCGUCUCCGGAAGGAAGCGGGAGCGGGGCGACCGACACCAUUCCCCCUCCGUCAAGGACAAGGCGGCAUAGGGGGUCUCGUGCAUGUACGCGUACGGUUUUUGAAGGGCUGGAUUACUCCACGACGAAGAGGAUGCUUACUGCCAACAUUUAG